UAUUAAGUUGCCACAGUUCACAGUCCAUUGAAAAUUCUACACCAUAAAACCAACUCACAGCAGCGAUGUCGUUUAUUUUCCAUUCUCUUCUUUAAAUACCCUUUCUUUGCUUCCAAUUCGUUUUUCAUCACACCAAAACCUUUGACUUGCGCACCUACUACAAUGGCAUUAGACACCCAAGGCCAUAGCGGCGGCAGCAGCCACCACCACAAACUGCUCACGCCACCCCAUGUAGCCAUUGUCCCAACCCCGGGCAUAGGUCACCUCACUCCCCUCAUCGAGUUAGCCAAACGACUGGUCGUCCAUCACAACUUCUCCGUCACGUUCAUCAUCCCGAACGACGGGUCGCUUUUGACACCCCAAAGAAAGGUCCUCGAAGCCCUCAGUUCUCUUUCCAUUUCUUACGUCUUCCUCCCUCCGGUGAGCUUCGAUGACCUCCCUGAUGACGCCAUGAUCGAGACCAAGAUCGGUCUCACCUUGACUCGGUCUCUCUCGGCUCUCCGGGACUCAGUAAGGGUACUAAACGAGUCAACUCGGCUAGUGUCACUUAUUGUUGAUGUUUUUGGUGUGGACGCUUUUGAUGUCGCCGUUGAAUUCCAAGUGUCCCCUUAUAUGUUUUUCCCCAGUAGCGCUAUAGGGUUGUUGCUUAUAUUUCAUCUGCCACACCUUCAUGAGACCACUUCUUGUGAGUAUAGGGACAUGCCUGAACCGGUCCAACUCCCUGGCUGUGUGCCACUUCAUGGUCGAGAUUUCCCGGAUCCGCUUCAGGAUAGGACCAACCCGGCCUACAAAGCUGUGAUUCACAUGUGCAAGAAGUAUGGUUCGGCUGCCGGGAUCAUGGUCAAUAGCUUUGUGGAUUUGGAACCGGGUGCUUUUAAGGCUCUCAAGGAUCAAGGGAGAGGAAUUCCACCGGUUUAUCCGGUUGGACCGGUGAUAAAAACCGGUUCAAUAGAUGGGAUCGAUGGGAAUGAGUGUUUGAGGUGGCUUGAUAAGCAGCCCAAUGGGUCAGUUUUAUUUGUUUCAUUUGGGAGCGGUGGGACUUUCUCACAAGAGCAACUGAAUGAGUUGGCCUUGGGUCUUGAAUUGAGUGGGCAUAGAUUUAUUUGGGUAGUCAAGAGUCCAAACAAGACGGUUAAAAAUGCUGCUUUUUUUAGUGAAGGCGAAGAAAACCUACUUGGGUUUCUACCAAACGGGUUUUUGGAGAGAACCAAAGAUGUGGGUCUAGUUGUGCCGACGUGGGCCCCACAGGUCGAAGUGUUGAAUCACAGGUCAACGGGCGGGUUUUUGACCCAUUGUGGGUGGAACUCGACACUAGAGAGCAUCAUGCAUGGUGUGCCUUUGAUUGCUUGGCCGCUCUAUGCAGAGCAAAAGAUGAAUAAGGUGAUACUAGUUGAUGGUUUGAAAGUUGCAUUGGGGGUCAAAGAGAAUAAGAAGGGCAUAGUGGAGAGCCAAGAUAUUGCUAAUUAUAUUAGGGACCUAAUUGAAGGAGAUGAAGGAAAAUUGCUAAGGAAGAAGAUGGAAGAGUAUAAAGAGGCAGCCAAAUUGGUUUUGGCAGAAGAAGGGUCGUCUACCAAGUCACUUGCUGAGGUUGCUCAAAUAUGGAAGGGACUGAAGAACUAAUUAAUAACCUAAUUUGUCAAUUAUUGCUGUCUAAUUGACCAGUAAUAUUGUGUUAUUUUUUUUGCUUUUAUCUUAAAUGAUAUCUUAUUUACUGUA